AUGGGCUUGGAGAGCAAAUGCUGCUUCACCAGAUCUCGUCGAAGUUGGACAAGGGCAUGGGAAGGUCGGCAGAAAAAGGGUGUAUACCCGAACUACGAAGCGACGAUCGAGUUUCUGCAAGAGCAGUUCAGGAUUAUGGAGAAGAUUAACAUCAACACGAAGCCGUUAGUGGAAAGUGCAAAAGUGAAACCAGUGAACAAAUGCCACACACUAGUGGCUACGAAUGAACACAAACAUGAAUUGAAGUGUGUGAUGUGCAAGAACAAUCACGAACUCUGGAAGUGUGACAAGUUUAAAGAACUGAAUGUGAGUGAAAAAUACAGUUCCUUGAAAAAGUGGGGAUCUUGCUUUAAUUGCUCACAAAGGGGGCAUCGUACGAGUGGGUGCUCUUCAUCGCACAAUUGUCGCGAUUGUGGCAAACGUCAUCACACAUUGCUACACAGUGGAAGUGUUCCGAACCGCGUACCGGUGGAAUCGACAACAAACGUGAACGAUGAAUCGAAAGCAGCACCGAGCUCCAGUAAGAAACCAGAUGCUGUUCAACUAGAAUCUGCUACCACCUUGUGUGUCAGCGCAGCCAUCCCUUCGAAACAGACGCUUCUUUCUACCGCUGUGGUAAUGGUCAAUGGUGGCAGCAGUGCACAUUAUCCCUGCCGAGUGUUGUUGGAUUCGGCCUCACAGCUACAUUUCGUUACUGAACGGUUUGCGAAUCUGCUGUCACAGCAGAAGCAACCCAUUGAUUACUUGGUUAGCGGAUUAAACGGUUCCAAUAUUCGCCUUCGGAACAUGAUUCGCACUACAGUGAAAUCUCGUAAUGGAGCAUUUGCAGCCGAAUUGGAGUUUUUGAUAGCACCACGAAUCACCGGUGACGUUCCGGUGAAAUCUUUCGAUGUCUCGAAUUGGCCAAUGCCUGAGGGAAUCGAGUUGGCCGAUCCAGCAUUCAACAAACGAGGACGCAUCGAUAUGCUAAUCGGUGCUGAAAUCUUUUGGGACCUAGUCCAGAAUGACCGAAUUCGUCUCGCACCAAAUCUUCCAGUGUUUACGAAGACUGAAUUUGGAUGGAUAGCUGGAGGAGUUCUUGCCAAGGAAAGUCCAGUUAUUGCUCGUUCACUCUGCCUGAUCGCUGGAGAUGAGCGACUCGAAGACAUAUUGAAAAACUUCUACCGCUUGGAAGCUUGCGAUGUGAAUCGUACUUCCUUUUCGAAAUCCGACCAGGACUGCUUGGAGCACUUCAAGUGUACUCAUGUGCGAAACAAGGAUGGAAGAUACUUCGUUCGACACCCAUUCAAUGACAAGAAAAACGAAUUGGGUGAUUCCCGGGAGAUGGCAACUCAAAGGUUCCUGAACCUUGAACGGCGACUCGAUAAGCAACCAGAGCUGAAACAACAGUAUUGUGAUUUUAUCGAUGAAUACGAACGGCUUGGCCACCUGCGAGUGGUUGAGAUUGACAAAACUGAGAAACCGGGGUCUGUGUUCUACUUGCCGCAUCAUUGCAUAUUGAAACCGACGAGUACGACAACAAAGUUGAGAGUCGUAUUUGACGGGUCUAUCUGA